CUCUCCUGAAGUGCAGUGGAAGCCAACAAACCAAAACCAAACCACCCCCUGUCAAGACCCACGCUCCCUUCCUCUUUCCCUCACUCUCUCCAUCCCCUGCCAGAAAGAAACUUCACUAUCAAUGGCGUAAAGCAACACCAAAGAGCCAUUUGCCCUCGCGUGCCCGAAACCAUUUGAAAAGAGUGUUUUUGCGACCAACCCAGAUGAGAUUAAGGGGAAAUAAUUAAAACCCAGAAUUAAAAAUUCAAUAUUUUUUUUUUCUUGGAAUUUAUUAACUGUACUGGUGGAUUUUUUUUACUGAAAAAAAAAAAAGAAAAAAAAAAAGCAGAGAUAUAGAAACAGAGAGAGUGUGUGUGUGAGAGAAAGAGAGAGAGAGAGACAGAGAGAGUGUGUGAUAUGCUUAUGAAGAGUGGGGAUUGUGUUGGGGAUUAUUGCCAACCUGGGAAAGCCCGGAGAGUUCUUGUUGGAGGGAUUCUUCGAUUGUAUCCAUGAAAUUACUGUGGCUUUGGCUUUCUCUGCUGAUAGGAUGAGCGAUGCUUACAGAGUUGAGACGACGUCGCGCCUCGCCCAAUGGAGGAUCGACAAUUUGGCUUCCUGCACUUACCGCAAAUCCGAUCCCUUCAAGAUCGGCAAGUGGAACUGGCAUUUAUCUGUAGAGAAGAACAGAGUAUUGUUUGUUAAACUGUACCCAGAGAUAUCAAACUUAACAAGGGACAAUCCACCAAUUGCAUCUUUCAUUAUUCGAGUGGUCUCUUCGGUGGGUGAUCGCAAGGCUUUGACUCAUUCAGAAAUAACAGACAAACAGCUUAAGAAUAACGACGAUUUUGUUUGGGCAAUUGAGGUUCCUUUAACUGGAAAGUUUAUCAUUGACGUUGAAUUCUUGGACUUGAAGACCAUAUCGCCUGACGGUGGAGAACCUUGUUCCAUCUGGGCUGACGGAUUUACCCAAAAACGGUCAAAUGCAACGGCUCUUACAUCCCUUGGCCGAAUGUUGACAGAAGGCAUCCACACAGACAUCAUAAUUAACGUUGCUGAUGGAAGCAUUGGAGCUCACCGUGCUGUUCUUGCUGCAAGAUCACCUGUAUUCCGCAGCAUGUUUUCACAUGACCUCAAAGAAAAAGAACUGUCCACAAUAAACAUCUCCGACAUGUCAAUAGAAUCUUGUCAGGCUUUUCUCAAUUACAUUUACGGAAAUAUCCAACAUGAUGAAUUUCUGGCUCACAGGCUAGAUCUUCUACGUGCAGCUGAUAAGUACGAUAUAGCUGACCUGAAAGAGGCUUGUCAUGAGAGUCUUCUUGAAGAUAUUGAUGCAAAGAACGUCCUUGAUAGACUCCAAAAUGCAUCUCUUUAUCAAUUGCCAAAGCUGAAGACCAGUUGCAUGCGGUAUCUGGUGAAGUUCGGAAAGAUAUUUGACAUCUGUGAUGAUUUCAAUGCAUUCUUGCUAUGUGCAGAAAGGGAGUUGAUAACAGAAAUCUUCCAUGAAGUUCUCGGUGCCUGGAAAGGUUUCUGAAACUCUGCCUAUUUAAAAUUUAAAGAAGAAACGAAGAAAGCAUAAGUAUGUUAAGUCUAUUGUUUAUCAAGUCCAUGAAGAUGGAUUCUUAGAAGAAUUUAGUUUGCAGUAUUUGUUGUCAUGAAGAUGAUUCUUUUGUGCAGAUUGAAUUUGUUCAGGCUUCAUGUACGUGUAUAUAAUAUAUUAAUGUAUUGGUUUUUUAUGACAUAGAUCUUAAACUAUUGUUACAUAAACACAUUGUUGAAUGCAAAACUGGAUUGUAAAAAAUUUGAUCCAAUUUGUUUCUGAUUAUAAGAUGAUUUUAUUUGAUA